GGUUCCGGCGGCGCUCCCACAGGCCCCGCCCAGGCGGCCGCGCCCCAGCCAUCGCCAGGAGCGGGAGAGCCUGGCACCGAAAGCUCCCGGAUCGCAGAGCGCCUGGAAUCCGGGCGCCAGGAGCGGCCGGGGUCCUCUGGCAGGAUGACUGUGGGAAUCUUUGCACAUUGUACCUUCUGUUUGAAAGUUAAAUACUUACCUCGUCAGCAGAAGAAAAAGCUACAAACUGACAUUAAGGAAAAUGGUGGAAAGUUUUCCUUUUUGUUAAAUCCUCAGUGCACACAUAUAAUCUUAGACAAUGCUAAUGUUCUGAGUCAGCAUCAACUGAACUGUAUCCAAAAGAACCACAUCCAUAUUGCAAGCCCAGAUUUUAUAUGGGAAUCUAUCAAAGAAAGGAGACUUGUGGAUAUAAACAAUUAUGAUCCUAAUAAGUCACUGGACAUCAUGACACCUCCUGAACAAAAGGCAAGCAGCUCUGAAGUGAAAACAGAUGAUCCAUUCCUGGACAAUGCCACAGAGAAGGACAACACUGUGGAACUCACUAAGUUUUGUACAGAAAAUGUUGAAAUUCCUCAUUUUCCUCAAGAUUUUGAAGUUGCAAAAUAUGACAGCUUGGAAAAAGUGGGGGCAGAGGGUAUCCAAGAAACUGCUGUGGUGGAGCUGCGCUGCUCCCGGGACCCCGGGGACUGUCCAUUUCUGAUAUCGGCACACUUCCUUCUGGCUGACGGUGUGCAGACUAGAAGAGAGUUUGCUGUAAAGAAAACCUCUGCAGAUGCAAGCGAAUACUAUGAAAUUUAUAUGGACAAACUGAAGGAACAGGGAUUUCUACUAAGAGAACAUUUUACACCAGAAGCAACCCAAUUAGCAUCUGAAAAAUUGCAAGCAUUGCUUUUGGAGGAACUCAUACUUUCAUGCCCUCCGAGCCAGGAGGUGAGCGAUUUGGUGGAGAUGGUUUGGGUGGAAGCCUUGGGCCACCUGGGGCACAUGCUUCUCAAGCCGGUGAACAGGAUCAGCCUCAACGAUGUGAGCAAGGCAGAGGGGAUUCUCCUUCUAGUAAAGGCAGCACUGAAAAAUGGAGAAACAGCAGGACAGUUGCAGAAGAUGAUGACUGAGUUCUACAGAUUAAUACCUCACAAAGUCCCAACAACUGAAGAAGUGAACCUGAGACUGUUAGCUAAGAAAGAAGACCUCUGCCAGAUGAGCUGCUUCUGUGGAAAUACAGUCUUCUCUUCAUUUUUCACACUGAUCUGUUCAUCAGAAAUGCUAAUAAGAGACAUGGUUAAUGUCUGUGAAACUAAUUUGUCCAAACCCAACCCACCAUCUCUUGCCAAAUACCAAGCUUUGAGAUGUAAAAUUGAGCAUGUUGAACAGAAUACUGAAGAAUUUUCCAGGGUUAGAAAAGAGAUGUUGAAGAAUAAUCACAGUAAAAGUCCCGUGGAAAUCUUGCAGAUAUUUAGAGUUGGCAGAAUGAAUGAAACCACAGAGUUUUUGAGCAAACUUGGCAAUGUGAGGCCUUUGUUGCAUGGAUCUCCUGUACGAAACAUUGUAGGAAUCUUGUCCCGAGGGUUGCUUUUACCCAGAGUAGUUGAAGAUCGUGGUGUACAAAGAACAGAUGUUGGAAAUCUCGGCAGUGGGAUUUAUUUCAGUGAUUCACUCAGUACGAGUAUUAAGUACUCACACCCAGGAGAGGUAGAUGGCACCAGACUCCUGGUCAUUUGUGACGUGGCCCUCGGAAAGUGUAAGGACUUAUACAAGAAAGACUUUUCCUUAAUUGAAGCACCACCGGGCUAUGACAGUGUGCACGGAGUUUCAGAAGGAGACUCUGUCACCACGGACUUUGAGGAUGAUGAAUUUGUUGUAUAUAAAACCAAUCAGGUUAAAAUGAAAUAUAUUAUUAAAUUUUCUUUGCCUGGAGAUCAAAUAAAGGACUUUCUUCCUUGUGAUAAUACUGAAUUAGAGGAAUACAGACCUGAGUUUUCAAAUUUUUCGAAGGUUGAAGAUUACCAGUUACCAGACACCAAGCCUUCCAGCAGCAUCAAGUCCGGCCUUCAGGAUACCUCUGGGAAUUUGGUUCCUCUUGAGGACGUUCACAUCAAGGGAGAAAUAAUAGACUUUGUAGCCCAGGUGAUUGUUUUUCAGACAUACACAAAUCAACAUCAUGUGCCCAUUGAGGCAAAAUAUAUCUUUCCUUUGGAUGAUAAGGCGGCUGUGUGUGGCUUUGAAGCGUUUGUCAACGGGAAGCACAUCGUAGGAGAGAUUAAAGAGAAGGCAGAAGCCCAGCAAGAAUACCGAGAUGCCGUCAGCCGAGGCCAUGGUGCCUACUUGAUGGACCAGGAUGCUCCGGACGUUUUUACUGUGAGUGUUGGAAACUUACCCCCUAAGGCGAAGGUGCUUAUCAAGAUCACCUAUAUCACAGAACUCAGCAUCCAAGGUGCUGUUGCUGUCUUCUUCAUGCCUGCCUCCGUAGCGCCCUGGCAGCAAGACAGGGCUUUGAAUGAAAACCUUCAGGAUACAGUAGAGAAGAUUUGUGUAAAGGAAAUAGGAACAAAGCAAAGCUUCUCUUUGACUAUGUCUAUUGAGAUGCCAUACGUGAUUGAAUUCAUUUCUAGUGAUACACAUGAACUGAAACGAAAGAGCACAGACUGCAAAGCUGUGAUCAGCACCUUGGAAGGCAGCUCCCUGGACAGCAGUGGGUUUUCUCUCCACAUUGGUUUGACGGAUGCUCAUCUCCCAAGAAUGUGGGUUGAGAAACAUCCAGAAAAAGAAAGCGAGGCUUGCAUGCUUGUCUUUCAACCCGAUCUCAACACCGCCCUCCCUGACCUCGCUGACAAGAGUGAAGUGGUUAUUUGUGUUGAUUGCUCCAAUUCCAUGGAGGGUGUGAUGUUCACACAAGCCAAGCAGAUUGCCCUGCAUGCACUGUCCUUGGUGGGUGAGAAGCAGAAAGUGAACGUCGUCCUUUUCGGCACAGGUUACAAGGAGUUAUUUUCAUAUCCUAAGUACAUCAGAAGCAGUGAUGUGGCAAAAGAGUUCAUAAUGUCUGCUAAACCCACCAUGGGGAACACAGACUUCUGGAAAACACUCCGCUAUUUAAGUUUACUGUACCCUUCUCAAGGGUUACGGAACAUUCUCCUUGUAUCUGACGGGCACCUCCAGAAUGAGCGCCUGACAUUACAGCUUGUGAAAAGAAGCGUUCACCAUAGCAGGCUGUUUGCCUGUGGUGUUGGUUUUACAGCAAAUCGUCACCUCUUAAGGACUUUGUCACAGCAUGGUGCCGGAGUGUUUGAAUAUUUUAACUCAAAAUCCAAACAUAGUUGGAAAAAACAGAUAGAAGACCAAAUGACCAGGUUACGUUCCCCAAGUUGCCACUCUGUCUCCGUCAAAUGGCAGCAACUAAGCACAGAUGCACCCAAGCCCCUGCAGGCCCCAGCCCAGGCACCGUCCUUGUUCCACAGUGACCGACUCCUUGUCUACGGAUUUGUUCCUCAUUGUACACAGGCAACUCUAUGUGCAUUAAUUCAAGAGAAAGAAUUUUGUACAAUGGUGUCUACUACUGAGCUUCAGAAGACAACUGGAACUAUGAUUCACAAGCUGACAGCACGAGCUCUAAUCAGAGAUUAUGAAGACGGCAUUCUCCACGAAAAUGAAACCAGUCAUGAGAUGAAGAAACAAGCCUUGAAAUCUCUGAUUAUUAAACUCAGUAAAGAACACUCUCUCAUAACACAAUUUACAAGCUUUGUGGCAGUUGAGAAAAGGGAUGAUAGUGAGUCAUCUUUUCCUAAUACUCCAAAUGUUUCGGAACUUAUUGCCACAGAAGAUGUAGACUUUCUGCCAUACCUGAGUUGGCAGGAGGAGCAGCCAGAUGCCAACAUGAAACAGCCUCUUUCAGCAUCCUCUGAAUGGAUUAAAGAAUCGCAACAUGUUAAGAGAAAAAGAAAAAAAGAGAAAAGUCUGACUGGAAGAAGAGUUGGGUCAUUUGAGCUGGAAGUUGCUGAAGAUGGUGAAGUGGCUCGCUUUGAUUCGCCAUCAGCAGUCCAACCUCCCGCACCCAAUUCUGAAUGUAAAGGUGUCGGAAAGCCACGGGGUUUAAGUCGGAGGGAGUUGUUUAAACAAACAGGAAUUGAACCACCGUUGAGGAGAUGCAUUUCACGGACAACGGCUGUUUCUAACUUUCUCUCUGCUGCUGCAGCCUCUGGCGUACCCUCUUUCCUGGCUGCCCCAACCCCCCGCGCAGGUGCCCGCCCUUCUCCCCACUUACCUGGCACUGCCUGCCUUUCUCCCCGCUUACCUUCGCAGAGAUUUCUUUUUGGUUCUCUGGCUCGUCCCAAGCUGUUAGGCCUAUCUCAUCGUGGCCAAGGCCUUUGGACUGGGCCUGGCAUUCUCUGUGGGUCGACAUCUCCUUCCCCAUUGCCUCCCCAGAGCCCAGCUUUUGGAUCCCUCACUGGUGGAGGUUUUUCAGGUGGCUUUUUCGGCUUCCAGCAGUCAGAUCCACCUGAACCUUCUCAAGACUGUCAGAUCAGCCCACAUGCUCACGCCUCCCAUAGGCAGGUCUCUCUCUCCCAGCCAGAUCUUUUUUCCUCUCCUUCUAGAGUUCUUAGCACUGGUUCAGCUUUUUGUCUUCCCUCUGGUUCCUCUCCUUUUCAUUUGCAAAGCUUCCUAGCCACUUCAAGCACCAGUUACAAGCCGCCUGUAGACUUGCCUCCGCUUGCUCACUGUCAGUCACAGGCUUCUUCCCUUCUCAGUACUUCUGCCAAAACUGCAUCACCAGAUUCUCUCCAAGAUUUGUGGGCCCCAAGUCAUGAAAGCUCUUGUGAAAGAGACAGUGGUGAGACACCAGCGUACAAGUGUCUUAUACAACAGAAAGUGAUGAGACACCAGCAUACAGGUGACUUUGCUGCAAGCAUUCAGGCACAGAAAGCUGAGGAUGAUGUGGUCUGCAAAGAGAGCCGAAGGAAUCUUGUGCCUUGGACCGAGCUCUUCCAUCUACAAACUGAGGAUGGCUUCUGGAAACUUACACCAGAACUGGGCUUUAUAUUAAACCUUAAUACAAAUGUUUUACACAGCUUUCUGGAACAAAAAGGCAUUCGAUCUCUAGGUAUAAAAGGAAGAGAGUGUCUGCUGGACCUGAUCGCCACGCUGCUGGUCCUGCAGUUCCUUCGUACCAGGUUGGAACAAGAGGGAAUAGUCUUCAAAUCACUGAUGAAAUUGGAUGAUGCUUCCAUUUCCAGGAACAUUCCCUGGGCUUUUGAGGAAAUAAAGAAAGCAAGUGAAUGGGUGAGAAGAACUGAAGCACAGUACCCUUCUGUCUGCCAGCGGCUCGAGCUGGGUAAAGACUGGGACUCUGCCACUAAGCAGCUGCUGGGAAGUCAACCCAUAGACACCGCUUCUCCUCUUCACAGAGUUCUCAAUUACAGUCAAGGCUGAAUCAAAUGAAAUUGCAUUUUAAACUUUUCUCAUGUUUCUAUGUAGAAAAUAAUCAAAUAUUAAUAGGACCCAUAAUGUAAUUUAAUUAUGAUUUUAUUCAGUGUAGCAAUCAGUCCCUUUAAAAUAAAGUAAAUGAGGGCUGGCCGGUUAGCUCAGUUGGUUACAGUGCAGAUCCCCAUACCAGCCAGCCGCCAAAAAAAGUCAUUGGAAGCAGAAUUGAUUAAUCAGCUAACAAACAAUAAUAAAAUGAAAAUUACAAUCUUA